AUGUUCUUUUGUUUUUUUUUUACCAGACUCAUUCAGGAAGAAAAAGAGUCUACCGAACUCAGAGCAGAAGAGAUAGAAAACAGAGUUGCUAGCGUUAGCUUGGAGGGACUCAACUUGGCCAGAAUUCACCCGGGUACCUCUAUAACUGGCUCAGUGACUGCUUCGUCGUUAGCAAGUUCAUCACCUCCAAGCGGACAUUCCACACCUAAACUCACACCACGUAGCCCUGCAAGGGAAAUGGAUCGCAUGGGAGUCAUGACACUACCUAGUGACUUGCGGAAGCAUCGACGAAAGGUAAUGAUUGCAGUUGUAGAGGAAGAUGGUCGUGAAGACAAAGCCACGAUAAAAUGUGAAACCUCCCCUCCAUCAACACCACGUGCCCUCAGGAUGACUCAUACUUUGCCAUCUUCAUAUCAUAAUGAUGCCAGAGGUGCAUCUCUUGAACCUGAUGCCCUUGGUCUAGUCAGUGCCAACAGCAGUCAAGACUCUCUCCACAAAGCUCCAAAGAAGAAAGGAAUUAAAUCAUCCAUUGGACGAUUGUUUGGUAAAAAAGAGAAAGCAAGACUCGGACAGCUCAGUAAGGAGUAUGGCCUCCAAGGAGCUUUCAUGGAUACAGACCCUGGGGCACAGGACUCUCUGGGGUUGAGUAAACUUGGAACUCAAGCAGAAAAAGACCGAAGGCUAAAGAAAAAACAUGAACUUCUUGAAGAAGCCCGCAGAAAAGGACUACCAUUUGCUCAAUGGGAUGGACCUACAGUGGUAGCAUGGCUUGAGUUAUGGCUUGGAAUGCCAGCCUGGUAUGUUGCAGCUUGUCGUGCCAAUGUGAAAAGUGGUGCCAUUAUGUCUGCAUUGUCAGACACUGAAAUUCAGCGAGAAAUUGGGAUUAGCAACCCCUUGCAUCGCUUGAAACUUCGCCUUGCUAUUCAGGAAAUGGUCUCACUUACAAGUCCCUCAGCUCCUCCAACAUCAAGAACACCAUCUGGUAAUGUAUGGGUGACCCAUGAGGAAAUGGAAACUCUAACAGCGCCUGCCAAAACGGAAUCAGAAGAAGGUAGCUGGGCACAGACAUUAGCAUAUGGAGAUAUGAAUCAUGAAUGGAUUGGUAAUGAAUGGCUGCCUAGUUUGGGCUUACCUCAGUACAGAAGCUAUUUCAUGGAAUGCCUGGUAGAUGCAAGAAUGUUGGAUCAUCUAACAAAGAAAGACCUGCGAGUGCACUUAAAAAUGGUGGAUAGCUUUCAUAGAACAAGUCUACAGUACGGAAUUAUGUGUUUAAAAAAGUUAAAUUAUGACAGAAAAGAACUGGAAAGGAGAAGAGAAGUAAGCCAGCAUGAAAUAAAAGAUGUGCUGGUUUGGAGCAAUGACCGAGUAAUCCGUUGGAUCCAGGCAAUAGGUCUAAGGGAUUAUGCAAACAACAUUCUAGAAAGUGGGGUGCAUGGCUCGCUCAUUGCUCUGGAUGAAAACUUUGAUUACACCAGUUUGGCACUGUUAUUACAAAUCCCAACACAAAAAAUACUCAGGCUAGACAAAUUCUGGAAAGAGAGUACAAUAAUUUGUUGGCAUUAG